UUUGCAGCUGGAGAACGAGAAUACCAUUGCAAUAAAAUAGAGUAUUUUUCCGAAGAGAUAUACAGUCCCGAUCCCAAUGACUCUUCACCGGCUAUUCCAUAUGCAGUCAAAAAGUCGAUUAUUUUCAUCAUCAUGGGAAGCAUAUUUAUUCUGAUUGGUUAUAUGUCCUGUUUAAUUGGCCAAUGUAUGGAUAAUAGAGCACGUUAUACAUUAUUUUCCGGAGUUAUUUUCAUACAGACAGGUUUGGUUAUGCUCUGUGGACUCGUCAUGUAUAUCGCCGUAUUCAAGUUAGAAGUAGCUGGCAAACUGCGACCAAAAUCACAACUUCAACCUGCAGCCUUCGAAUACAUUUAUGGUUAUUCCUUCAUCAUUUAUCUUAUCGGACUUGUAUUCACUAAACUUUCUGGAAUAUCAUGCGUUUUCUUAUACAUAUAUAGAACUCAAUACAAGUCGAGAAGAAAACAGUUGGAUUAUAUGAAGAAAGCGAGUAUGUCUCUGCCAGAGGGUAGUUUUUCUGACACCAGAGGAUCAUCAAUGUUAUUUCCAUGUGAACGUCAUCCAGAGUCUUCUGUCAAUUUCAAUAGUGCAUUAUUAUAUACAAAAAACAAUUUUCUCAAUGAGAAAAACUAUUUCGCAAGAAGGAAAAGAUAUAUUGUUCCUUGUAGUAUCCAUCGGCAUAUAUCUCAAUCAAAAUCCUUGAGAGACAUAUCUAUUUUUUAUAACUUGCCGCCUCCCCCUCAUAUAACAUCAUAUCUCAGUGUAGAUGAUUUGAAUAAUCUGAAAGUUUUGUCUAGAGAGAUAACUAAAAACACAUUGAGCACAACAGCAGACACAGUGAGCGAUGAACUCUUCGAUGAAAAUUAUUCCAUUAGGUAUGAAGAUGAAUUUGUACCAUUCGAAUUCGAUCCACCCAGUUUUACUGAUAUGAAUCCUAGAACUUCAGAAAGACGAACUUUCGGAAUGGAAUCUUUGAGAAAGACUACCCCUGUUUGAUAAAUAUUCCAGCAGAGAAUGUAGAUGUGGUGUCAAACAAAGUUAUUAU